ACGUGCCACUACACAAUAUACUGAUCGAUAAAUGCUACGUGCAGCUGGCCUCUUUGCUCCAGCCGCCACGGCCGCGCCGUCAGCUAUGGCGGCGGCCAACAAUGCUGCUAGCGGUGGCGGCGACGAAGCGAGGUACCCGCUGAACGCAGAGUCCUACCGCCUGCUGUGCAAGAUCGGGAGCGGCGUGAGCGCGGUGGUGUACAAGGCCGUGUGCCUGCCUCUGGGCUCGUCGGCGGUGGUGGCCAUCAAGGCGAUCGACCUGGAGCGGUCGCGCGCCGAUCUGGACGGCGUGCAGCGGGAGGCCAAGGCCAUGGCGCUGCUGUCCCACGGCAACGUGCUCCGAGCGCACUGCUCCUUCACCGUGGGGAGCCACCUGUGGGUGGUGAUGCCCUUCAUGGGCGCCGGCUCGCUGCACUCCAUCCUGCGCCACGGGUUCCCCGGCGGCCUGCCGGAGCCGUGCGUGGCCGUCGUGCUCGGGGAGACGCUCCGCGCGCUGUGCUACCUCCACGGACAGGGGCGCAUCCACCGCGACAUCAAGGCCGGAAACAUCCUGGUGGACUCGGACGGCGCCGUCAAGCUGGCCGACUUCGGCGUCUCGGCGUCCAUCUACGAGACCAUCCGGCAACACGCGUCUGCGUCGGCCUCGACGGCGGCGGCAGUGGGGACCGGCUCGUCGGCGUCGUGCUGCUUCAACGACGUGGCGGGGACGCCGUACUGGAUGGCGCCCGAGGUGAUCCACUCCCACGUCGGCUACGGCAUCAAGGCCGACAUCUGGUCGUUCGGCAUCACGGCGCUGGAGCUCGCGCACGGCCGCCCGCCGCUCUCGCACCUGCCGCCGUCCAAGUCGAUGCUGAUGAGAAUCACCAGCCGCGUCCGCUUCGAGGAGAGCGUCGGCACGGGCAACCGCAGGGACAAGAACAACAAGUUCUCCAGGGCGUUCAAGGACAUGGUGUCCGCCUGCCUCUGCCAGGAGCCGGCAAAGCGGCCGUCGGCGGAGAAGCUCCUCCGCCACCCCUUCUUCAAGGCUUGCUCCCGUCGCUCCAGGGACUUUCUCGUCCGCAACGUCCUCGCCGCCGUCCCAAGCAUCGAGGAGCGGUGUCGCAAGGACGACGAAGCGGGUAAUGAUCUCUGCGGGUGUGUCGGCGGCGGCGCACGCUGCGUGUCGCCGUGCCCCCGUCACGCCGACAACGUCGUCGUCGCCAAGAACCGACGGAUCAGCGGCUGGAACUUCAAUGAGGACAACCUAGAGUUUGAUCCGACGACCGAGGAGCGGCCGGUGGAGGCGGAGAAGAGGUGCCUUCCAUUCGAUUUUGAUGAAGGGGAUGACCAGGUGGAGCUACACGACAGCAACUCCGCUGGAGACGGAGAUGGAGAUAGAGGACGGCCGCCGGCGCAGCCGCAGCAUGGAGAUGGCGACGAUCACGUUCACGGGAAGGCGGCGGAGGCGGUAGGGCUUAAGCAGCAGCAGCAAGUGGUGACUCAGCAGCUGAUGACCGUCCUGCAGAGCCUGGAGAUGCAAAGGGACAUGGUGACGCACGUGUUGCAACGCACCGCCGGCCGCUUGGAUGACGGCGGCGGCAAUGGUGAUGUGAGCGUGACCGCUCCAAGGGAGGAGAGGGAAGAGAUGCUGCUGGGGUACGUCCGGCAGCUGGAGCAUAGGGUGGAAGACCUGAGGAAGGAGGUCGAGGAGGAGAUGGCUUGGAACGCCCGGUUGGAGAAGAUGCUGCAAGAGAGAGUUAUCAUUAGCGACGAUGACAAGAAGAUGAACUCAUCUAAGACGUCGUCAUCAGCUGAGCUGAGAGCAGUUGAUGAAAACAUAUGAAGGUGUCGGGCCUCUCCAUCUCCAAGCGAAGACAUAUGAAGAAGCUAGCAUUGCUCCAUCAAAGUAUAUAUAAAAUUGAGAACUUGUUGAGAUAUGGAAAAGACAUAAGAACUUCCCUUAUAUGCAUGCUGUUAUCAUUAAUUAGUUUAUAUUUUAGACUUUACACAUGUGCAAA